CCUGAAAUGAGUCGUGUUGUUUGCCCAUCGAGCCGGAAUCCAACAGCAGUCAGUUUGGUAUCGUAUGCCUCAAGGCUCGCACGUCUCUUUUGUUCCGUGAACAUCGUCAGUGGUCUUGGAUCAGUGUUCCGUUGGAUCCGUGUGUCCGGGAACCGUCAAAUACCUUCAACCUGACAAUUCCGCCAAACUACCCACCAUAUCAACCCUCAAAUGUGGCUCUUGUGUGAACCCCGUGCGCGAUAUUUUUAGUGUUUUAUUGCAAAGAAAUACUGAACAAAUUUUGAAAUUGAACAAGUGCAGUAACUACAAGAAAAUCGCGUGAAAUACUUUUCCAGUCGCCUGAACAUCGCAACGCGAUGGAAGUGAGAAACAUUCACGUGUUUGUGUAAAUAUCUUUAAAAAGAAAAACCCGCGAGCUAUUUAACCCAGAGGAGCGAUCUUUGGCCUCACUGAUUGAUGCAUCGAGUUGUGAGACCCGGAGUGACAUUCUCUGUACCAAGUGAUAAUUGAAUUGCUUGAAUAAAUCUCACUUGAAGUUGGUAAAAAAAACGUUGUAAAAGUGAAGACAUAUAGGAAAUUGUUGAGACUCCAGAGUGUGGAGGGCAGUGGAGGACGGUGCUCACCUGAGUGUUGUGAAGAUAUGCUCCUCGGCACCCAAAACCACUGCGGCGCCAAUCUGGCUAACUCGAAGGGCGCCACGGAUUUCUCAAUUGCGGCAAUCAUGGCUCGGGGUCCCUCAAGUCGUGAGCCUUCGGAACGAAGUAUUAGUCCAAUUUCAGUAGAUCGCUUCCCAGAAGGUGACGACGAUGUAGAUGUGGAUGUAGAACAGUGUAGUGAUUCAGAGGGCCCUCCUAGAACACCUAGAACUUCAAGUGCAGCGCUGCCUACACCACCAAGUCCCUCCGAUGAGGACAGAUUGUCCCCCGAGCCAGUUCAGACACGACCUGGUUUAUUGGGAUCAUGUAACUGUGAUGAAUUACGGCCCGUCCAAUGUCAUUUGGAAACAAAAGAAUUAUGGGAUAAGUUUCACGAAUUGGGAACAGAAAUGAUCAUCACGAAAACUGGAAGGCGGAUGUUUCCCACGUUGAGGGUGUCCUUCAGUGGUCCUCUGCGUCAAGCUCAACCCGCCGAUAGAUAUGCGGUACUCCUAGACAUCAUAGCUGUCGACUGUCGAAGGUAUCGCUAUGCUUAUCACAGAUCAUCGUGGCUGGUAGCUGGAAAAGCUGACCCACCGCCCCCACCACGACUCUAUGCACAUCCCGACAGUCCCAUCAGCGCCGAGGCGCUUCGCAAGCAGGUUGUCUCAUUCGAAAAGGUCAAACUCACCAACAAUGAGAUGGACAAAAAUGGACAACCUUUGCGUUAUUCUACACAACAGAAAUUAGCAAAGAUUGUCUUAAAUUCAAUGCACCGAUACCAGCCACGGAUACAUUUGGUGCGACUGGGACCUGGACAGAACAUCCCAGUUUCACCGAAGGAACUCCAAGAGGUUGAGCAUAAGACCUUUGUAUUCCCAGAAACGGUUUUUACGGCCGUUACCGCCUACCAGAAUCAACUAAUUACCAAAUUGAAAAUUGACUCGAAUCCAUUUGCAAAAGGAUUCAGGGACUCGUCUAGACUUACGGAUUUCGACAGGGAUCCCAUGGAUGCAUUGCUGCUGGAACAACAUCUCCGGACCCCACUGCGUCUGUUUCCGGAGCCCCUGCUGCCACAAUUCCCGCAGGAUGCCGAUGGGGCAGCAUUGCUGGAGAAGGCACGUCAGCAGCUGCAGAUUUGGGGCCGAUCACCCUAUACGGAACUCCUGCUGCCACAAGUAUAUCAACGUCCAGGUUUGGGUGCUCUAAAUCUGGGUCUGUGGCAGGGCCAGUGGCCACCACAACUGUCAGCUGGAUUCCUCACGUCUGCCGCUGCAGCUUCACGAACUCCACCUCCCUCCGUUUCAACACCCUCCAGUUCCGGUUCCCCCUCACCUGACAUUCGCGCCAAGCACUUCUCGCGCUUUAGUCCCUACCAGGUGCCACCCCAUCAUCCGCCCUCCUCGCGAAGCCCACCCAAUUAGCAGCGCCCCCUCGAGGCCCGUCUCAGGGGUCACUAAAUCCGCGCUCGAACGUUCCCAAAGACAAACUUAUAUUGGGUUGUUGGACUCUUAUAAUGUUGCAAAAUAUUUGGUAAGUUUUUAAUUAAAAUUUCAGUAUACAACAAAGUUUGUAACUAUUUUGAAUGGACCUUCAAAUUAAUUGUUACGGAUCGUUUAUUGACAAACUGUUUCAAAAGAUUUGUUUCUUUGUUUCUCAAAAGUUUGUAAUAAUUGCCAACAAAUUUUGUGGAAAAUUUGUCAAAGUGAUGUUCCUCCCCAUAAAACACAAAAAAAGUAUUAUUAAGAAAUAAUGUCAUUUUGAAAAAUUUACAUUAUCCACUCAGCUACUUUACAAACCUUUCUUUUCUCAGAAUAAUUCAAUUUAAUUCUAAAUGUGCCGUAUUUGAAGACAUUUUAAGAAUUUCAACCCAAUAUAAUAAUAUCAUUUUCCUGUGAAUAUUCAAAUAUAGCGAAUAAACUGUAAUUUAUUUUUGUAGAUGUAUCUCAUUGUGUACAUAAUGUAAGCGUAAAUUAAAUUCAACGUGACGAAUUUUCAUUUUAACGACUCCCUCAAACAAUUUUUUAUCCCAAAAAUCCACAAUCUUAAGGCUGUUUGCAAAUGUUUUCGAUUGAGUGAAAUUUUUAAUUCAAAACUGAACUCUCUGUCUUAAAAAUACCAUGAAAGCACUGUGAUAAAAUUGUCACUAUCUUUUUUUUCUUAAUUUGAAAAGUAAAACUAUAAAAAUAGAAAGUUUUUAAAGAAAUCUUGAAAAGGAAAAAUAUUAAUCACGAAAGAUUUUUUUCAAAAAUCUUUAAUUGAUUAUUGGAUCUCAGAUUUUUAUUUUAUUUUCAAAUUUUCAUUCUGAAUUGAUAGUGUGUCAAAACACUAUUUAAACAAAUAAAGUUUCAAUAAUCCAUAUUCAUUUCAUUUACAAAAAAAAAAAGUAAAUAAAAAUAGAUCUCUCCGUGAAUUAUUUUUUAGAAUGAUCCUAUAAUGCUUACCGGUCUACCAGCGAUUAAAUUAAUUCAUAAAUCACAAAAGCAUUUCAAAAUCAAAAAUUAAUAAAGAAGUGAUCAAUCUAGAGGGUUUUGGUAUGAUCUACAAACAUACAAACAAACAAAGUAAAUACAAAAGAGAUAAACCAUUUACGGAUAGGUAUGUUUGGAUGAAAUGUUCGUCUAGACCACCUCCAAAACAUACCCAAAAAUUAAUUAUAAUAUUCACGGUGUUUGCGACAUUUGCAAUAUUCAUUUAUAUGAUAUUCGCAAAAUACUCUGAAUAUUGCUAAAAUAUUCAGAAUAUUCGCAAUAUUUGUAGAAUUUGUGCUCUUUAUCCCUUGAUAAGGUUCCCUUUGCUUUCAUCAGACAAAUAAAAUUUCAAUUUUAAAUGGAAUCUACUCUAUAUUUAUCGUUAUCAACUAAUUGAAUUUCACGAAUUCGAAAAAAUAUGCAUGCAGCAUAAGAUUUUUAAUGAAAAUUUUCAUUCAAUAAAUUCUGGCUAAAAAUUUAUAAAAGAUCAGAGUGAGUAUGUUAUAGAAAAAAACGGCUUCAUAACCAUAACAUAUGGUUGACUUAGGAAGAAAAAAACUAUAAUAAAUUUGUCUAAAUCAUUUAUCAAAUGGAAAAUAAACUGUUAAUAAUUUAGCUAAUAGUAAACUAUACUCGUACUUAAUAAAAGAAGAAUGAAAACUUAAAGAAAUCUAGAGCAUCAGUAUUACGUAUGUUUAAUGUAAAAAAAAUGAAUUGAAAGAAAAAGAACAGAAAUAAAAUAUCAUUUUUAAUUUAAUAUUGUGGAUAUUCGUGUAGAAAAAAAAACCAUUUGUGAGUUGGCAAUAUGUGUUUGUUUUUCUCUGUACAUAUAGUUCAAAAACAAAAAAAAAAUAGAUAUGUAAUUUAAUAUUUUGUAAAUAUUAAAUUAUGACAAAUUGUCUUGGAGAAAUAUGUUGUUUUUUUUUCACCAUAAAACAUUAUCAUAAACACUCCAACGUGACACAGAAACACCCAAGAUAUUAAAUUGUGUUCCCAAUUGACAGGUUGAAUGAAAAAAAAAGAAUUAUAUUCAUGUUUAAGGAGGUCAAUUAAUAUUUGUCUUUCGUUUAUUUCUCUACUGUUGAUCCAAAUUUAUAUUAUUUCAUGUGAUUAUAUUUUUUGUUGCAGAAGAAAUUAUACAAUAGAUAUCUCCAAAUUGAUUUUUUCAACUUGGUCUUACAUUCACAAAUCACGAACGCAAUGACAGAUAAAAUUAGACACGGUUUGUCAAUGUGAAAUAUUUAUGGUAUUAACAUACGCAGAGCCAGAGUGUUUAAUUUCAAAAAAAAAAUAGUAAUCGUGCAAGAGAAGAACAAUUUAUAGUGAAAAUUGUAUGAUGGAAAAUGAUAAAUAUGUAAAUAGUGAUUAAAAUUGCCUAUACUAUUUGAAAUACAAUUAACUGUGGGAUGUAAAUUAUAAUUAAUAUUACACUAUAUAUAGAAGAAAAAAGUAUAAUCAAUAAAAUAUUUAAAUGAUAUAUCCAU